CGCGUACAACGUACAAUGCAUAUGCCGUCAGUGAUUCGUUUGCAUCGACUAUACCUGCCGCACCAGCAGACCGACCGAAUUAUAUAAAACAACUGCAACACAAUAACAUUACAUUAUUAUAUCAUAUAGGAUCGUUCCGACUGUUUCAUCGGCGGACCGUCUUCGAACGCAAUACCCAAAUAUAAUAUAACACAUACGCACACACUCACUUAUUUUAUAUAAUAUUAAAUUAGACAAAUUUCAAACGUUGUGUUCGUUAGGACGGUCGAUCGCAGCUUUGUGCAGACCGUCAGUAAUAUACACACGACAUACACAUACAUACGUACGAGGUGUACGUUCACCGCCCGCGCUUAAUAUGGACCCGAGGAGACGUAACAAUAGUUAUUUGGUUUUCGCGUGCACGCUGGCCUUGGGUUUUCUCAUCUGUAUGCCCGUCACUACUCAUUCGUUGAUCAGAGGUGACUGUUUCUUACCACCAGACGAAGGUAAUUGUGGAAAUCGAUUGACUUUGAGAGUAAAAUACUACUUUGACUCAAAUAAUGACGACUGCUCAGAAUUCCUUUACUUCGGUUGUGGUGGCAACGAUAAUCGAUUUGAUACAUUCGAAGAAUGCGAAAAUGUAUGCCUAUUUAAUAAUGGGUUUUAAAAUAAGCCAUCUUCGACUGGAUGUUCUAUAUUGGCAACCAAUGUUUUACAAUUGUCAAUAAAUGCCAUAUACCUACAUGGAAUAUGAAAAUAUCAAGACUUUUUGUU